AGAGGAGGACGAGGAGAUGGGGAGCGGGGCGAGCGCCGAGGACAAGGAGAUGGCCAAGAGGUCCAAGGAGUUGGAGAAGAAGCUGCAGGAGGAUGCGGAUAAGGAGGCGAAGACGGUGAAGCUGCUGCUGCUCGGGGCUGGAGAAUCGGGGAAGAGCACCAUCGUGAAGCAGAUGAAGAUCAUCCACCAGGAUGGAUACACACCUGAGGAAUGCAUGGAGUUCAAAGCCGUCAUCUACGGGAACAUCCUGCAGUCCAUCCUGGCCAUCAUCCGCGCCAUGAGCACGCUGGGCAUCGACUACGCCGAGUCGGGACGGGCGGACGACGGGAGGCAGCUCUUCAACCUGGCGGACUCCAUCGAGGAGGGCACGAUGCCCCCGGAGCUGGUGGACUGCAUUAAGAAGCUGUGGAAGGACGGCGGCGUGCAGGCGUGCUUCGACCGGGCUGCCGAGUAUCAGCUCAACGACUCGGCCGCAUACUACCUGAACCAGCUGGACCGCAUCACGGCCCCCGGUUACCUCCCCAACGAGCAGGACGUGCUGCGCUCCCGCGUGAAAACCACCGGCAUCAUCGAGACCAAGUUCUCCGUUAAGGACCUCAACUUCAGGAUGUUUGACGUCGGGGGGCAGAGAUCAGAGCGCAAGAAAUGGAUCCACUGCUUUGAAGGGGUGACGUGCAUCAUCUUCUGCGGGGCGCUGAGCGCCUACGACAUGGUGCUGGUGGAGGAUGAUGAGGUGAACCGCAUGCACGAAUCCCUGCACCUCUUCAACAGUAUAUGCAACCACAAGUUCUUCGCCGCCACGUCCAUCAUCCUGUUCCUCAACAAGAAGGACCUCUUCGAGGAGAAGAUCAAGAAGGUGCAUCUCAGCAUCUGCUUCCCUGAGUACGAUGGUGAGCGAUGGGGGGGAGAUGGGGAAGGGGGGCUGCGGCACCAGGACGGAGAGCAGCAAUGGCUCCAGGGAGCCCCCAGCCCCAGCCCCGCUGCUCCCUGCCCAGGUCCCAACACGUUUGAAGAUGCAGGGAAUUACAUCAAGACCCAAUUCCUGGAUCUCAACAUGAGGAAGGACGUGAAGGAGAUCUACAGCCACAUGACCUGUGCCACAGACACGCAGAACGUCAAGUUUGUCUUCGACGCCGUCACAGAUGUCAUCAUCAAGGAGAACCUCAAGGACUGCGGCCUCUUCUGAGCAGGUAGGGGGGGGAGGCACCUGGUACCACGAUGGGGGCUGCGACCCCAGCCCCAAAGAGCUGGCAGCAAUGGGGAAGUUUCCCUUCUCUCUCCCCCCCUCAGAAGAGCCGGCUGCAGUCCCACCUCACCGUUCUGCUGAGCAGAGCCAAAAGGACAACAUGAAGUUCCCCAACCCCCUGUUUUUUCUAUAAGCUGCCCCCCACAUCCGAGCCCACGCCAGGAGGGGCCCCAGCUGCCCUCCCUGCCCCACAUCUCGGCCGUUUCCUCUGGGGCAGCACCCAGCUGGGCUCCCCCACACAGAGCUCAGCGCAGCGGAAGAGGAAACGGGCGCUGGGGCGCUGGGCAUCGCGCUGCUUAGAGCUCCAUUUGCUCUUGGCUGCUUGUAAAUAAAUCCAUCCUGCUGUAGAGGAGCCCUGCAUGCUCUCGCUGUUCAGCCAUCGGCGCAGCUUCACUUAGGAAAAAACCAAACCGACGCAAUAAAGAGAUGUGCAUGAAUGGAUGUGUUGUGUGUGCUGUGCUGAAGGAUGGAGGCACAGGACCCCCACACCUCCUGCUGCUCCCACAUCACUGCAGGGCUCCCCUCAGCCCAGGGGCUUUGAGACACAACAACCCCCCCUCUGCCCCCCAGCCAAUGAGCAGAGCAGCACAACGAGGCACAAAGCAGGGAAAGGACCCAACCGUUCACUCACCACUUUAAUACUGCCACCAGCUACAACAGAUCAGAACUGUACACAAUGAGAACCCGGGAGAAAGUGCCCCCAGGUGACGCUUCAGCAAAGGAACGGAGCGACGGGGGUACGAACGUCACUAUGGGGAAAACGAUGGCAAAGGGGGAUUUGGCACCACAUAGAGUAAAGGCAUGCUGUGCACACAGACCCCGCACCAAAAGGCCGUGGGCCAUCGGCCUCCAGCAGCACAGAGCUCAGCCUGCCCACCGACAGCACUGCCAUCAUCAGCACUGCUCCUGCCCUCACCAUGCGCUGCCAACGCGUGGCCACAGCAGCGGGGCCUGGGAGACAGGGCAGAAAUACCAAGUGUUAAAAACAGAGAGGUCCUGCUAAGAGGAGCGCUUGGGCACGGCCUGCUCACGUGUGCAUAGAUCAGUGAUAGUUUCUGUUGGUUUUUAUUUUGUUUAAAACAAGAAUCUUCUGCAAAGAAAGAAAGGCAGUUUAGUAAAGUUACGGUUUUCUCAAUGGGAAAAACAA